GGAACUUUGCACCUGAAAACUUUCCAAUAAUUUCCCAAGAACAACUGAGCUCAACAACGACGAACAAACACUGUACAGCCUUCUGAAAGAACAGAUCAUUUCCCCCAAAAUGAGUCACUCUGGGGAGAGAAAGGGGACCAGUGCCUCUACGAUCAAUAUCUCUGGAGAGAACAACCCACACUUUGAAGCUGUGGGCAGUCAUCAGGAGAGACCAGACUCCCCUUUACCUAGCUGUCACCAGGAGAGACCAGACUCCCCUGUACCCAGCUGUCAUCAGGACAGAUCAGACUCCCCUGUACCCAGCAGUCAUCAGGAGAGACCAGACUCCCCUGUACCCAGCAGUCAUCAGGAGAGACCAGACUCCCCUGUACCCAGCUGUCUGUCUAUGAAGAGUGAUUGGUCUAUGAACCCCCCCAUAGAAUUCAGAGAUGAAGAACUCUGUAAUAAACCAAGAGUUCAUCAGGAGAGACCAGACACCCCUGUACCCAGCAGUCAUCAGGAGAGACCAGACUCCCCUGUACCCAGCUGUCAGUCUAUGAAGAGUGAUUGCUCUAUGAACCCCCCUAUAGAACUCAGAGAUGAAGAACUCUGUAAUAAACCAAGUAUGGACCAAGUAGGAAAGUGCAAAAUGGACUCAGGACAGCAAAGAUAUCAAAACCUUCUAAGAGUCCAACAAGAAAUGAAGACUAAAUUAAAAAAGAAGUGUCAACCAAUAUGUGAGGGAAUUGGACAUCACGGAAAGCAAUCUCUCUUAGAGGACAUUUACACAGACCUCUACAUCACAGAAGGUGGAAGUGGAGGAGUCAAUAAAGAACAUGAGGUGAGACAGAUUGAAAUGGCAUCCAAGAGACAAACCACACAAAUGACACCAAUCACAUGCAACGACAUCUUCAAGCCAAAAGAACAACAUCAUGAAUGGGAUUUGAACUGUGGUCUCCCGCUCAGGAAACCAGCAUCUAGGUCAUUGUGCCAUGACAACAUAAUCUCUAUGGUCCAUGAUCAAAGGGAAUCUAUAGAAGGCAAGGAUGCCUCAAUACAGGAGUUUUCCCCUCUGGUACAUUUGCCAGACAAAAAUAACAAAACCAAAGGUUUAAGAAACCUGACAAAAGGAAUCGCUGGAAUUGGAAAAACAGUCUUUGUGCAGAAGGUCAUCCUUGACUGGGCAGGGGGAAAAGCAAAUCAGGAUAUUUGUUUCAUGUUUUCUCUUCCUUUCCGUGAUCUGAACUUGAAAAAGGAACAAUAUAGUCUGAUGACACUUCUUUACCACUACUUCCCAGAGAUUAAAGAGAUUGACAGCAUUGAAGAUGGUGAAACCAAAACUCUUUUCAUUUUUGAUGGUCUGGAUGAGUGUCGACUUCCUCUAGACUUCAAAAACAAUAAGAAGUGUUACGAUGUCACAGAAUCAACCUCAGUAGAUGUGUUGCUGACAAACCUCAUUGAGGGGAAUCUGCUUCCCUCUGCUCACAUCUGGAUAACCACACGACCUGCAGCAGCCAAUCAGAUUCCUUCUGAGUGUGUUGACCGGGUGACAGAGAUUCAAGGGUUCAAUGACCCACAGAAGGAGGAGUUCUUCAGGAAGAAAAUCACAGACCAGAAUCUGGCCACAGAAAUCAUCAAACACAUAAAAGCAUCCAGAAGCCUCCACAUCAUGUGUCACAUACCAGUCUUCUGUUGGAUAUCAGCCUCUGUCUUUGAGACGAUGCUGAAAGAAACAGAGAAAAAUGAAAACCCUAAAACUCUAACCCAGAUGUAUUCACACUUCUUGCUCAUCCAAACUAGUGUGAAAAACAAGAAGUACAACAAAGACACAAAGACAAACACAAAGGAACUGACUCAGUCAGACAAAGAGAUGAUCCAGAAACUGGCAAAGCUGGCUUUCCAACAGCUGCAGAAGGGCAACCUGAUCUUCUAUGAGGAGGAUCUGAGAGAGUGUUGCAUUGAUGUGACAGAGGCAUCAGAGUACUCAUCACUGUGUACAGAGAUCUUCAAAGAUGAAUCUGGGCUGAACCAAGAGAAGGUCUUCAGCUUUGUUCAUCUGAGCAUUCAGGAGUUUCUAGCUGCAGUACAUGCUCUGGAAUCAUGUCUGGGCAGGGAAGAAAAUGUUUUCCCACCCACUAGUGAUGAUGAUGAUGAAUUGUCCCUAUUCCAAUACUUCAGGAAUUCAGACAAAUUAUUUAAUUUAAACAGAAGUGCAGUGAAUCAGGCACUGAAGUGUCAAAAUGGACAACUGGACCUGUUCCUCCGCUUCCUUAUGGGUCUGUCUCUGGAGUCCAAUCAGAAACUGUUAAACGGACUACUGACACAGAAAGGAAGUUCAACACUGAGCAAUGAGGAAACAGUUAAAAGAACAGUUGAGUACAUUUCAGACAAGAUCAAAAAGGAAUCCUCUCCAGAAAGGAUCAUCAACUUGUUCUACUGUCUGAAUGAACUUGGUGCCAACUCUCUGGUUGAAGACAUGAAGACAUCCCUGCAAUCAGGAACUCAUUCAGAAACAAACCUAGAACCUCACCAAUGUUCAGCACUGGCCUAUCUGUUCCUGAUGUCAGAGGAGGUCCUGGAGGAGUUUGACAUGAAGACAUACAGGACAUCAGAGAAAGGUUAUCAGAGGUUGCUGCCAAUAGUGAAUACCUGCAAGAGAGCAGUACUGGGUGGCUGUAAACUCACAUACGAUUCCUAUAAGAUCCUGGCCUCAGCCCUGCUGACACCAAACUGCCACCUGAGAGAGUUGGAUCUCAGCUAUAGUCAUCUGGACGAAGGAGCAGUUAAGCUGCUCUGUGAUGAUCAAACCAGUCCACUUUGCAACAUACAGACACUUGUACUGCCUGGCUGUAACCUUACAUAUAAAUCCUGUGAGAUGUUGGCCUCAGCUCUGCAGACACCAAAAAGCCACUUAAGAGAACUGGACCUCAGCUACAAUCACCUGGGAGACAGAGGGGUGAAGCUGCUCUGUGCAGGACCAGCUAGUCCACUCUGCAACACACAGACACUUGAUCUUGGUCAUUGCGGUCUGACAGAGGGUUGUUGUUCAGAUCUGGCCACAGUCUUGCAUUCUCCCAACUCCCAACUGAAACAACUGGAGCUGAGAGACAAUGAUUUAAAGGACUCAGGCGUUAGGCUGCUCUCUGCUGGACUGGAGGAUCCUAACUGCAAACUGCACACACUCGGUCUAGGUCAUUGUGGUCUGACAGAAGGUUGCUGUUCAGAUCUGGUCUCUGUCCUGCGUUCACCCGACUCAAAACUGAAAAAACUGGAGCUGAGAGACAAUGACUUAAAGGACUCAGGCGUUAGACUGCUCUCUGCUGGACUGGAGGAUCCUAACUGCAAACUACAGACACUGGGGCUGUCUGGCUGUCUAGUGAAGUUGGAAGGCUGUGCUGUUCUGGCUUUAGCUCUGAGGUCAAACCCCUCCCAUCUGAAAGAACUGGACCUGAGUUACAAUCAUCCAGGAGACAUAGGAGUAAAGCUGCUCUCUGCUGGACUGGAGAAUCCAGACUGGAAACUGGAGAACCUCAAUGGGGACCUUGGUGGAGAGUUCAGGUUGAAAUCAGGGCUGAGAAAAUAUGCCUGUGAUCUCACACUGGACCCAAACACAACACACAGAACCCUCUCUCUGUCUGAGAGAAACAGGAAAGUGACAGAGGGGAAAGAGAAGCAGUAUCCUGAUCACCCAGAGAGAUUUGACACCAGGCCCCAGGUUCUGUGUAGAGAGGGUCUGUCUGGACGCUGUUACUGGGAGGUGGAGUGGACUGGGAGAGGUGCUGAUAUAGCAGUGACAUAUAAAGGAAUCAACAGGAAACAUGCGAGCAGUGACAGUCACCUUGGAUACAACAACAUGUCCUGGAGCCUGGAGUGUGAUGCCAACAGUUACACUGCCAGACACGAUAACGAGACCACUGCCAUACCGGACCCCUCCUCCUCCCGAUUCUCCUACUUGUACCCCUACAUGUUAAUGUUUUUGUUUUUCUUCUUCACUUCCUCAUUUGUCAUCAUUUUGUUCUCCAUGCCCAUAUGGAUCUCCUUCUGGUUCUCCUCUUCCCGCUCCAAGAGGGUAGGAGUGUAUCUGGACUGGCCGGCCGGCACUCUGUCCUUCUACAGUGUCUCCUCUGACAAACUGACCCACUUACACACAUUCCACUCUACAUUCACUGAGCCCCUUUACCCAGGGUUUAUGGUCAAUGGCUCAGUAUCACUGUGUGAGGUAGAAUAGAAAGUUGAAAAGAACCUAUACAUGCUUUUUACUGCUGUAAACAUUUUCAUGUUGUAGUUGUUUUCCUUACUGUUUGUAUAGAUGUCUGUAUAAUGAUGUCCCUGAUUUGAAUAAAUAUAUAAAAAAAG